AGUUGGCUUUCGUGCAGCCAAACGAUUGAACCAAUCGGACGGCCACGGAGAAAAUACCGGAUUGAAUCAUCGCCAUCGAAAGUGUCGGAGCGGCCAUACACCGACCGAAAAAGAAAAAAAGAAAAAAAAAACGGCUGAGCUGAUUGUCACGUCGUCCAAACUCUUUAUACCGCAAUCAAUAAUUUGACGUGGCGCCGUUUUUGUGCAUUUUCAACUCCGAUUAAUAUAUAAUAACCAGCUGGGUGAAAUCAUCAAUUGACGGAUGAGUGACCACUUUCUCGCUGCCUAAAAAAUAAUCAAUUCGUUUCGUCCAAAGUGGGACGACGAUUUAUUUUAUGCGCAUGGCGCUAUAGACGCCCCCAAGUAUUUUCUUGGACAUAGCCGAAACUUGAUCUACGCCGUCAAACUAAUAAAACCGUGACAAAAUUCCUGGAACAAGUGAAAUUCAGGGAAGAGAGAAAAUUCACUUUUGCGCAAUUGGUAUGGGACGAAAUGAAAUUUAAAUAAAAUUUUCUGGGAAUUAAAAAACGCCAUGUUGUGUCGCCUUAUAGUUUACAGUAUAUGGAACCGAAAAUAGACCAUGUGACUAACAAGACGAGAGGGUUGUCAAAUUAUAUUGAACCUCGGCGCUGCAUUAAUGUCCCUUAACGUCGCCAUUUUAUUGCUAAAUCAACCAAUAAUUUAAGUUAUAAAAUAGAGCGAGUCGCCCACCAUAUACAGAACUGUACUGCAGCCAAGAGAGCGCAAUUGACGUUCUGAUGUCACGCAAGGAACAAAUCAUUUUGCGCAUUUGUGUAUCCCUCGUGCUGCUCUUAUUGGUCCACUCGACUGGCAUCAAAGCGGCCAACACAGACACGGCGGCCAUUUACAAUCCGGUGAUUCCACACCGUAGAAUGCCUUAUUAUCCAAAGACUGGCACGUAUUAUCGUCCGUACCCGUACGACUACGAUUACGACUACCGUCCCGCGGCUGCGGCUGCUGCUGCCGGGACGUCGUCAUCGUCAUCGGCCAACUCUUAUUACUACUACCCACGAUAUCCUUAUCCGUACAAGUAUCAGAAUCCGAGUGCGUCCUCAUCCGGCUUCCAUGCGGCCAACCAAUUGCAGUUUAUUGGACCCAUUGAAUCGGCGUCGUCUUUGUCGAACGUCAACACCAACGGACCGAAACUCCGGCCCCCGCAAAAACGACCGCGUCCCCGACCCACCUGCACGCUCAUGGGACUCGGAGGCGGAAUGGCCUAAAGUGUUUGGUGUGUGUGCGUCUUUUUGAUUUUUGAUUUUUCUUCUCUCCCGCUGCCCUUUUAUUUGUUGGCUUCCAAAAUCCAUUUUGCACUUUAGAUUUUGUGGGGUUUGAGGCGAUUGGGUACGUAAAGUCCUCCCCAUUCCGACACUUUGUGCUGUGCGACAACUAAAAGUCAUUUUUCGUCGAGAUUUAUUUUUGCGCAGAUGAAAUAAAAUAUACAAUUUCUCCCUCAACAA